AGGCAGGCAACAUUUAUUUGACCAAGUAAUGGAUUCAGACUUUAUUUCCAAGAUACCACGACAGUCCUACUUACGUAAGUUGUUGAUACUAGAUCCUAGUUAAAGCGAUUUGCCGUCGAGCACAAAUUUGGGUCAUUCUUGAGACGCCAUGACCACGGCACUGCAGAGUCUAAUCCACAAGCCUCUGAUAAAUGCCAGUCGUAGUCAGCGGCCGGCAGCACCGUGCCCCAACAGAAGCUUACGUAUCACUCGGUCUGUCCUGUGGCUAGCUAGCACUAUGCCGCAACAGAUGCUUACAUAUUACUCGGUUGUCUUGUGGCUAGCUCUCUCUUCGUUCCAUAUACUUGUGCCGCAUUCCUCGUAUCCUCACGCUGAAGGAAAGCAAUUCCAGUGGUUCACCAUGCAGAACCUGAUAGUCAUCGUCUUCAGCCUCCUCCUUUGUCUGCUGCACAUUCCGGCGAGUUGGGCAGCGACGGAAACCAUCUCAGCUGGGCAGGCACUCGCCGGCAACGACAGGCUCAUCUCCAGCAACGGCAAGUUUGCGCUUGGGUUCUUCCGACCGAGCAGUAAGUCCUCACACAAUGCUUCCAACUGGUACCUAGGCAUAUGGUUCAACCAAAUCCCAAAGUGCACUCCGGCAUGGGUCGCCAACGGUGAUAAGCCUGUCGCUGGCUCCACUUCACCGGAGCUCAUUAUCUCCGGUGAUGGAAACCUAGUCAUCUUAGAUCAGGCCACUAAGUUGAUCAUCUGGUCUACCCAAGCUAACACCACAGCAAAAAACACUGUGGCCAUGCUAUUAAAAACUGGUAACCUUGUCCUGCAGAACACCUCAAACUCUUCACAUGUCCUGUGGCAAAGCUUUGACUACCCAACGGAUACCCAUCUCGCCGGUGCAAAGCUCGGCCUGGACAAGGUCACCGGCCUGAACCGCCGUCUCGUUUCCAGAAAGAACUCAAUAGACCCUGCUCCUGGCAUUUAUAGUUAUGAGUUACACGAAACAAAAGUUUCUGCCCGUUUCAGUCUUGCCGCGUUUAACUCGUCCAUAACAUACUGGUCCAGUGGAGAAUGGAACGGAUACUACUUUGGUUCAAUACCAGAGAUGACAGGUCGGCAAUUGAUUGAUUUCACAUUUGUCAACAACCAACAAGAGGUGUACUUCACAUAUACCUUACUAGAUGACGCAACAAUUAUGCGUUUUGCCCUGGAUGUCUCUGGUCAAGCCAAGAUCUUCUUGUGGGUCGAGCAUGCACUGGAUUGGGUACCAGCCCACACCAACCCCACCAACCAGUGUGAUGUAUAUGGCAUUUGUGGACCUUUUGCAACAUGCAAAGAGAACAAACUUCCAUUCUGCAGCUGUAUGGAGGGCUUCUCCGUAUCAUCACCUGAUGACUGGGAGCUAGGAGAUCGAACAGGCGGCUGCAUGAGGAAUACUCCAUUGAAUUGCAGUAUCAACAAAAGCACAAGUGUGCAAGACAGGUUCUACCCUAUGCCAUGUGUCAGGUUGCCUAAUAAUGGCCACAAGAUAGGAGAUGCUACGAGUGCAGGUGGGUGUGCGCAAGUUUGUCUGGGCAACUGCACUUGCACUGCAUAUUCCUAUGGUAAUAACGGGUGUCUCAUUUGGGAAGAUGAACUAACCAAUGUGAAACAGCUACAAUGUGAUGAUAGUGGUAACAAUAACCAAGCUACUCUUUGCCUUCGCCUUGAUGCGAAAGAGGUGCAAACGUUACAAAAGAAUAGAAGAAGAAUCAAUGUCGUUGUCAUUGGUGCUAGUGUUGUUUCCUUUGGUUUAUUGUCACUCUUUUUGAUACUAAUAAUCAGGAGGCUGUGUGCUCACAGAAUGAAAAAACUUCAAGGUGGUGGCGGCAUUAUCAUGUUUAGGUAUCCUGAUUUACAACGUGCAACAAAAAACUUCUCAGAGAAGCUAGGAGCAGGUGGUUUUGGUUCUGUAUUCAAGGGGUUCCUAAAUGACUCUUCUGUGGUAGCAGUUAAAAGGCUCGAUGGUGCUCUUCAAGGCGAGAAGCAAUUCAGAGCAGAAGUGAGAUCAAUUGGAAUCAUUCAGCAUAUCAAUUUGGUUAAACUCAUUGGUUUCUGCACUGAGGGUGAUAGGAAGUUGAUUGUCUACGAACACAUGCACAAUCGUUCUCUUGAUAACCAUUUAUUUCACAGUAACGGUACAGGCUUGAAAUGGAACAUUAGGUAUCAAAUUGCUAUUGGAGUUGCUAGAGGACUGGCCUACUUGCAUGAUAGUUGCCGGGAUUGUAUCAUACAUUGUGAUAUUAAGCCUGAGAACAUACUCCUAGAUGCAUCAUUUGUUCCGAAAAUCGCAGAUUUUGGGAUGGCAAAGUUUCUUGGAAGGGAUUUUAGUCGAGUUCUAACUACAAUGAGAGGAACUAUUGGAUAUCUUGCACCGGAAUGGAUUAGUGGAACUGUUAUCACAGCAAAAGUUGAUGUCUACAGCUAUGGCAUGGUUUUGUUGGAAAUCGUAUCAGGAAAGAGGAACUCAGGUAGAGACUGCACAAGUGGUGAUAAUUAUGUCUAUUUCCCUGUGCAAGUUGCAAAUAAGCUACUGGAAGGAGAUGUGGAGACUUUGGUGGACAAAAAUCUACAUGGUGAUUUCAAUUUGGAGCAGGUGGAAAGAGCUUUCAAGGUUGCAUGCUGGUGUAUCCAGGAUGGUGAGUUUGAUCGACCUACAAUGGGUGAAGUUGUUCAAUAUCUUGAAGGUUUUCAUGAAGUUGAAAUUCCCCCAGUGCCAAGACUACUUCAAGCUAUUGCAGGGAAUCCACACUCAAAAUCCGAUUGGUACCUGGACCGAACUUCAGAAGAGGCAGAGAAACUGAAAGAUACCAGAGGUAGUGCACUGCACCAGGGAGCUCAUUCUUGACAUGAAGACAGUCACAGUUCAAUUCCAGGGGUAGCACAGUCUUUUCCUACAUAAAUCAGACAACAAGCUACAUUUCCAGAAGCUCAAAAGAAGGGAACAGAAUAGCUUCUCAGGGCUUCCUAUGGCAGCAGCUUCUCUCAGAAAUUAAGCUGAAGCUGGUUUAUGGAGAAGCUCCAGCUGAAAAGAAGGGGGCAAUAAUCUCUUUGUACUGAGAGACCUCUACUUGCUGAUGAUGAAAGCCUGAAACUAACCUCACAUGUACCCAAAAAAAAUACAUGUACCAAUGGUAAGCCAUGAAUAGAAGUUUUCUGCAACUAUUUGAUUUGUACAUAAGUACCUUGAUGCCUCGUCAAUUCUCUUAAGCAUUUUGCCAA